AACCCUGCCGGCUCAGGUGUUCUGGGGUAGGAUGGAGAGUUAACCUUACCAGUGGCAAGGGAAAAGGCACAUCCAACGGAGGUUCAGGCGGCACACCCUCCUUGCACUACUAAGGCCACUGAAAGUAGGUUCCAGGGGCGCGAAUACAGAUCAGGGCGCAUUUUCCAGUCAAUAGGAGUAGACGAUGAUGUCAUACUUGCCAUGUAGGGACAUGGGGAAAUAGGGACGUGUUAGCAGGUAUGUGAUGUGCCUAAGGCCCGUGUACGAGAGCUAGGCCUCCUUGGGGAAGAAGCACUAAGGGCUUUCCAAGUCGGUGAGAAGAAAGACUCGAGGCGGGGAGGAGGCGUAGCUACCCUUAACGGCCCCUGCUCCAGCAGCAGGAGCUCCUCUCGCUCGCGGGGUGUGUGUGUGUGUGUGUGUGUGUGUGAACUCAUCCCCCGCCGCGACCGUUGUCCAGGCGCCGCCUGCGUGCCUCCCUCGCAGCCCCACACCCGGCGACUACCGUUCCGUGAGUCUCUUCUUCGCUCGCUUUCCCAGCCGCCGGGGGCUUCUAGCUUCAGAAGAGACGGGCGGCUCCCACCCGCGAAGGAGAAAGAAACGGAGGAGAGGAAAGGACAUGGCGGUGGCCGCAGCCGGAUAUGUGUGUCCGCCUCCCUCCGUCACGGGCCGCCACCGGCGCAGCUGACUUGGCCGGGCCCAGCCCCGAAACAGGAGCCGUGGCGGCGGCGGCGGCGGCAACAGUAAUAGUAGUCGUGAGAGCCGAGGCUGCGCUUCCCCGCCCGGCCAUGUAGAGGGGGCCCGCCCCGCUCAGCCCAUCUUGAGAGACAACCAGCCGCCUCAGUCUGAGGGGAAGGAAAGCGGGAGAGGUUGAGAGGCGGCGGCGGCGCCUGGUGAGGCGAGAGGGUCGUCGGGUCGGGCGGAGCCGCCGGGGCGCCAUGGAGGACAUCAACUCCAACGUGAACGCCGACGCCGAAGUGCGGAAGCUGCAGGAAUUGGUGAAGAAGCUGGAAAAGCAGAACGAGCAGCUCCGUAUUCGUAGCGCAGCUGGGGCUCCCGGCGGCAGCCCGAAGCGGCUCCCCAGUGGAAACGGGGGUGGCGGGUCGGGCGCUUGCACGCCUCCGCCUCUUGCUGCAGCCGCCACUACCGCUCCACUAUCGCCUUCCUCGUCGUCCCCCGCCGCCAGGGGCAGCCCGCUGCUCCUGGGGCUCGAGAACCGCUGCCUCAGCCCAAAGGCCGGGCCCAGGCGGCCUCUCUCGAGUGAGGAGAGCGGAGGAGGCGGCGCGGCGGCAGUUGAGGUUGCAGUAGCAGGGGGAGCCGGAGAAAAUGCGAGUCUCCUGGACGAAGUGGAGCCGCUGAGGCCGGACGAGCUGGAAAGACUGGCCGGCUGCGAGGAGGACGAGACGGGCUGGUUAUAUACCUCACCCAAAAAGAAAGUGACCCCGGUGCAAAAAUCUAUCAGUCCACUGGUUUGGUGCAGGCAGAUACUGGAUUACCCAACUCCUGAUAUUGAAUGUGCUAAAAAGUCAUUGAUCCACAGACUUGAACAGACUAUGUCAGCCCUCAAAAGACACAGCCUCUACAGUAAUCCAUUCUGCAAUGUCAAUUAUGCCAACUCCUACAGUCCAAAUGCUGGCAGUCCCUAUAGCAGUAGCUUCACCUCUCCUUCCUCCACACCGGUGAAACCUCCUUUAGUAAAACAGCUUGUACUUCCUGGCAACUCAGGUCAUUUCAAAAGUUCAUCAGAUAGAAAUCCUCCUCUGAGCCCACAAUCCUCUAUAGACAGUGAAUUAAGUGCUUCAGAAAUGGAUGAAGAUUCAAUUGGAUCAAAUUACAAAUUAAAUGAUUUAACAGAUGUGCAAAUAUUAGCUCGGAUGCAAGAGGAAAGUCUUCGGCAAGAAUAUGCAGCUACUGCUUCUCGGCGUAGUUCUGGUUCUUCAUGCAGCUCUAUGAGGCGGGGUACAUUUAGUGACCAGGAACUUGAUGCACAGAGCUUAGAGGAUGAAGAAGACAGCUGCCAUCAUGCAGUGCACCCAGCUGUUAACCGCUUCUCUCCAUCACCACGCAAUUCACCACGUCCUUCACCAAAGCAGUCCCCAAGGAAUUCUCCUAGGUCUCGAUCACCUGCUAGAGGAAUAGAAUACAGUAGAGUGUCACCCCAGCCGAUGAUUAGCCGCUUGCAGCAGCCUCGUCUUUCACUUCAAGGCCACCCCACUGAUUUACAGACUAGCAAUGUCAAAAAUGAAGAAAAACUAAGGCGUAGUCUUCCAAACUUGUCCAGGACAUCUAACAUCCAAGUUGAGUCUGUGAAAAACAGUAGAAGUGACUCAAACUUUCAAGUGCCAAAUGGAGGAAUACCUCGUAUUCAACCUCAACCCUCAUCCACUCUGCAAAGGCAGAAAAAUUUGCCCCGUGUUGUCUUCAAAACCAAACAGCUACUUCACACUCCAGCUACCAAAGGAGUUCCUUCUCCCAGUAAAUUCCGGUCCCCAGCAGCACCAUCUCCUCUGGCUUUGAGACAGCCGGUAAAAGCAUUUAGUAACCAUGGACCUAGCUCAGCUGUUCCAGAAGCCACCCAGCUUCCUCACAGCAGUUCUUCACCAGGGCCUUUAGCAGCUCCCAGUUCAGUCUCUCCAAGCCCAGCCAGCAACGUCAACAGUGCUACGCUUACAAGACCUGCAGGGACAACAGGGCUGAGGAGUGGUUUGCCAAGACCUAGUGCCCCCUCCACAGGGGGCAUACCAGUGCCUCGCAGCAAACUUGCACAGCCUGUUCGCAGAUCAUUGCCAGCUCCCAAAACCUAUAGCAACGUGAAAGAUGAGAGCUGGAAGGACGGCUGCUACUGAAGUGCAAAGCUAUAUGGCUCAGCAGGUACUCCUUCACCAGGCUUAACAGCAGAUCGAUAUGCAGACUGAUCAGAUAGGACUCUGUGGGGUUUGUAAAUCCCCCAACCUCUCUGUCCUUAAUUAGCACAAGCUGGCAGAGAUUAUGAAACAGCACUUUAAUGACAUUAACAUCAGAUACUUAGUGAUCACUCAAAUCUUUUACAUGAAUCACUUUUCACCACUGGAGCUUUUUUUCUCCUGCUUCUUUAAAAAAGUUUUUUUUGUUAUAACUGCUCACAGGGGUACAAUGGCCAACAUCAGGGCAAACACCUAACAAAAUGCCAAAGAAAUGUCCAUCUUGAAAAGUAGUAUGUAAAAUAGUAAACAAAAAUUUCCAAAACAUCAUAUGUGACUUGAUUUGAUUUCAACCAAAUGCAGUUUGGAGAUACAGUAUAUAAACAUUAACAUAUUAAUCAAAGCAAGCAAAAUUGGAUUGCAAAGUGCUACUGUGGUGGUAGGAUUGUGUUUUAAACAAUUGUGGAAGAUUUAGAUGGAGAAUUCCUUCGGUCGCAAUAGAGCAGGAGUCUCACUAAGGAAGUAGUAGGGAAGCCAUGUCACUGUUUUAUCUUUUUUAAACAGCUUGGAUGUCAACAUAUCUCCCAGACUUGGAUGGGAUAGGUUGAAUCCUUUUACAUUGACUUGACAUAUCUGGUUUUGUGCUAUUUUAUUUUAAUUGCCAAAAGGGCUUAGUAUCAGUUGUACAAUCUUUCUAAACCGUGCAGUUCCUGGCUCAGGAAGAUGGCCUUUGCUAUUGUAGCCACAUUUUUAACACACGGCUCACACUAUUUUGAGAAUUCUUUUUUUACUGCAAGUUUUCCUUGAAAAGGAAAGAGCAAGUAUCCUUUAAGAAAUCACACCACAGUGCUUACAGCCUGGAACUCAGCUGAACUUGCCUACAGUUAACAUGAAGAAAAGACAACUAUGCACUUGUAACCUAGAGGUUCUAAGGAAAUGAGUUGUACUGUUGAUACCAAAUGAUAUAUUCAUCUGGAUAAUGUUUCAUGGUAUGAGGGAAUUUUCUGUAACCCUUUAAAAAAAUUGAUUUCCUAAAUUAAUUUGUUUUUAAUUGUUACUACUUCUGCUGAGGUUAUUUGCCCAUGUUCGUAUUUUAACUAUGUACCUUGCCUUAUGCACCUGUAUUUUACAUUGUUGGUAAAAGUUAAAACAAAAACAAAAAACCCCACCCUGCCACGUAUGUUUACAAGGUAUUCAGUUUCUCUAGUGGCUGUCAGACUAUCCAAUACUUGUCAUUGUUUUUCCCUGUACUUGUUGGCAGGGUAUCCUACCCGGCAGAAAAACUGCUACUAUUAACACCCAAAGUCCCCCACCCUUCUCUUUUGUUCUGCAUUGGAAGAGUGAAGACAACAGGUUGGGAGCAGGUCAGUUGCUAAAAGAAAAUGCUUUUAUUAGGAGACAAGAGUGUAGUCUCAGUAUGACAAACUAGUCAUGAAACCUUUUGAAAGAAUCCAACAGGCACUUCUGGACUGCAUGGUAGGUUGCCUUUUAAUCUCAUUAAUACCUGGCUCUUAAAACGUACUUCUAAAAUCUUGCCAUGAAGAGGAUAAUCUUGGAAUUUCACAGCACUCAGAUUUUUAGCUAGUCUUCACAGAUUAGUGAACUAAAAGCCAUGCAACUUUUACUUGAAUUGGAAAGUGAACAAGACAGGAUAGGACUGGAUUUCAGCUCCAGCAAUCCCAUUGAGAUUACUUGUGGGCCACCUUUUAUUGACUUAGAGGGCUCCUUCCUAUGUUUAGUCAUGGGAUUCCUAUCUUGGGAAUUUUUAGGGUAUUGAUUUCUAAAGACAUAACAUGGGAUUAAGUUGUGCACAAAUCAGGGCCAAGAAAGACUUGGGCCUGAUGUGCCACUUUCUGGUUCUCAACAUAAUUGGUCUUAGAAGUAUGCAUAUACAAAAAUACAUCUUUAUACAAUGAAUUGAUUUGCAAGUACAGUGUGGGAAGUAGCAUUCCUUUAACUGUAAACAUUUCCUCUGAUUGUCACAUCCACUUAGACCAAGAUCUAUGGAUCUGGUGUGUCUUCCAAAAUCUGUGUAGCCAAUAACCUGUGAAGCAGGGAUUAUAUCAGAGCUGUGUUGUAUAGUUAAUCUAACACAUGCUGUUUAAAGUACUGAGCAGAAAACAUGAGGUACUCGAAUGUUUUAGAUAAAUCUUUUCAGCCUCAUUUAAAAAUUAGGCUCUAACAAAGCAAUGUUACAGUCUUCAGAAGUGAAGAAACUAUAAUUUGUGUUUUUAUUAGAACAGAAUCUUACUUGAUUUGAUUUCACUCAAAAAUUCAGAUGUUGCCUUUUUAACCAAGCUGCAUCACUGUAUUUCAUAAAAUACUUUUAAAAAUAAAGCUCAGCUAUUUAUUCAUUUUGAAGAUGUAUUACAUUUUGGAAACAUCCUGCAACUACAUCAUAACAAACAUCCAGUAAAUACAAAAUCCUGAAAGAAGAAAACUGCCAGUUUAUUAAGGGAGACUGUUCAUUACCCAUUUAUUUGAUUACCAGGACAUCCUAGGGCUUUCUGUGUUAAGAGAUUUGGGUAUAUUGAAGAAGUGUGGAAACAUGGAUUUGAUAAACUAGUGCCUAUGAUUUACUUAAUUUAUGUUUGAUAAUAGUAGUAAGGGUUUUAUGAAUGUGGAUUAUUUUUUGUGCCAACAGCUCAGAAUUGUAUGUAUGUAGGCAGAAAAGAAAGGAGUUCUGCUUCCAAAGUUAAUUUAAUUUUUCCUCAGUGUUUGAAUGUUUUUGUAAGUGUUAAUAAAAGUGUAAAAGAAAAAUAUAAAUAUUCUUACCACAAUGCUUUUUGACUCCUUUUUAAAAAAAAUAAAAUCCGUAUGUGUACUUAAA